UUUAUAAAGGUGCGUUCCAUUCACCUUCUAGCUCCGCCUGUUUCAAAGGUCGCUCUAUACCUUUUGAUAUGUUUUCUUUUCUCACUGCCUCAAAACACUGUGAUAACUUUUUAAUGUUUACUUGUCCUGGUUUUUAGCCUCGACUGUCGAGAUUCAUGCAGCUAAUGUGUUUUACCUUUCAAAUCGCCAUUAAGUAGCCUAGCUCCUCUCCUCACCCAGAAGAAAAACUCUCGAGUGAAGAUGGCAGUUAUGAAGUUUUUGGUUUACGUUACAUGUUUCUUUUUGUCUCAAGAUUUAGUUUUUUGUGAUGACUAUGGCGAAAGUGGAAACAAGAUCACACUUACUCCAAGCAUCCGUGGAAAUCCUGAAGAAAUACUGUGGACACAUAAUGGCAACAAGGUUCUGGAAUAUGAUGGGAGUGAGGUUGCGAAAUAUGGCUCAUUUAAAGACCGUGUAGAUGUUGAUUUUGAAACAGGACAGCUCACAAUAAGAAAACUAAACAGCCAAGACAGUGGCAAAUAUCAGUCUGAAAUUUGGAUCAAUAGGAAGGUACAAAUCUCCAGGCAUACUUUGACAGUUUUGGAUGCUCUGCCGGAGCCUCAGGUGACCUGUGAACUGAAUGAGACUUCAAAUUUAAAAAAACUGUCCUGUUCUGUGGAAUCCCAGACUCGGCCAAGCUAUGAAUGGAGUGGACCUGAUAUAAAACACUCAGGACCAACACUUCUUGUUAAGGAACAGGAGGAAAACCGUAACUCCGUCUAUACCUGCACUGUGAAGAAUAAAGCUGGAAGCAGGACCACAGACUUUACUCUGCAAGACUGCGACACAGUUUGGUUUGCAGGUGGAGUAAGCCUUGCUGUGCUUGUUCCAGUCUUAAUCGUUAUACUGCUUCUCAUUAUUCUGCUCGCUGUGCUGGCAUUAUACCUCUAUAGACGUAAAAAACAAAAGUUAGGGAAGUCUGGACUGAAAACAAUGGACCUUGAAAAUGGUGAAUGCAAUAGCCUGUUGAGAAAUUUACCAAUGGAGGCUAUGCCAGGUUCAUUUGAAGCCACACUCCCUUGCCAUAUCAGACUUACUGCUCCAAAAGAAUCCAUUGCUGAUAAAAAAUGGGAUCAGGACAGUGAAUCGGAGAAUGCAGGUGAAACUUGCGAAGGACAAAAGCUUUUGAAGGAAAGUCCGCAAUCUGCUAUAACAGAAGAAAACAAAGACGACACAGGAAAUACAAAUGAAGGAGAACUAUACAAAAAUGAGAAAAACAGAGAAAAUGCAGAUGAAGAAGAAGAAAAUACUAACAGCAAAGCUGAUGAAACAGACACAGAAGUAGAGAGCCAGCACUCCUUACAAGCCCAGGAGGAAAUGGAGAAAAGUCAGAUACUGAAAAAUGAGAGUGAAGAUGAAGAGGAGUCACCUCAGGAGCAGAUUGAGACACUAGGAGAGCAGGACACUAAAGAUGCAGAGACAAAUGAGGACGACCAGAAACCUGAAGAGAAAAAAGAGAAGGAAGAGGAAAACAAAGAGACAGACAGCCUGAACACAGCUGAAGAAGAACUAGAAAAAAAUCAGAACAUCAGUGAAAAUGCAGAUGAAGCAGAAGAAAAUACUAACAGCAAAGCUGAUGAAACAGACACAGAAGUAGAGAGCCAGAACUCCUUACAAGCCCAAGAAGAAAUGGAGAAAAGUCAGAUACUGAAAAAUGAGAGUGAAGAUAAAGAGGAGUCACCUCAGGAGCAGAUUGAGACACUAGGAGAGCAGGACACUAAAGAUGCAGAGACAAAUGAGGACGACCAGAAACCUGAAGAGAAAAAAGAGAAGGAAGAGGAAAACGAAGAGAUAGACAGCCUGAACACAGUGGACACAGGAAAUGUAGCAGAACAACUACACAAAAACGACAAGAGCAGACUAAAUGAAAAUGGUGACCAGUCAAUUGAGCAGCAGAACAAGAGCCUAUGUACAUCUGUUAAUGAGAAUAACCAGAGGUCAGAAGGGGAAAAGGAGGAGGAAGAGAAAACUGAAAAGAAAAACCAUGAGGGGACAGGUAGACUACACACAGCUGAACCUUUUAAUCCACCUUUACAUAGUGAAGCUCCCAGUGAUCCCGUGGAUUCACCGUCUAACCUGUACAUCACUGUCCCAUCUUCAAACCUGAAUAUGGAAUUAGAAAAUAAACAAGCUGCAUUCUUCCCUCAAGAGGAAGAUGAUGAUGGUGAACAGACAGACAAGAGCAGUGAGUCAGAACACGGCAUGAAGGAGAAAAAGGAUGGUCCAGAAAUUAAAGAGACAAAAAAUAAACUUUUAAAAGAGUGUGACGUAAAGAACAGUGAUCCAGACAACACAAACAAUGAUGUAUCUGUGCCAGAGGACAAGAAAGCAGAAACUGAGACCAACAGCUUCUCGAAACAUGCAAUGAAGGAAGAUCAUAGUUCAGAAAUCAGAGAACAGUAUUUGAAUAAAUAGUGCUGUACAUAAUGUGAUAAAGUUUAUAGUGAGGAAGGUGAAAUGGGCUCAGUUUUAUCAGCUGUGAAAGAGGAAGAGAAAAUCUGUCAACUAGAGCCACAUGAAUGUUGUAGUGUCAGUUAAGAGACAGAAAACACUCAAGGCUGGAAAAGGAUAGUGAAGAGUGUGCUUGAACAAGGUGUGAAGUAAUAUUCAAAUAUUUUAGCAUAAAAAAUAGGGCUGUCAGUUUAUUAAUGUAGAACAAUUAAUGUAGUAAAAUUUAUUUUAUACAAUUGAUUGUACCACAUUAAGAAAAUUGACAUGUUUUUUUGUGUGUAUGUAAAUAUGCAUAAGUAGCAUAUCAUUAUGCCUUUGUAUAUAUAACACUUUCCAUGAAAUUUCUUUAAAGCUGUCUGUCUGCAUAUGUAUACAAACCAACUAUUAGAAAUAGGGUAGAUUGAACACAAAACACAAAAACACAUCCUUUGUGAAUGGCCACUUUAGGUAUAUUCAGACAGAUGGACAAACUCAAUUAGACAAUGGAUUGGUGUGGACUGUUGACCAGUAAAAUAAUUCAGCGGACAUAAACAAUAUUGACAGUCACUUUUGGUCUGUUCAGUGUAUCACUCAUCUGCCAUACCAAUGUGAUAUUUAGGCAGCAGACAGGUAGGCAGCUCACUAAGUUUUGGAACAGAGCCAGUGUCACAUUGAAAUGAAAACUGGAAGGCCAACAAAAAUAAUAGAAGGAGAGGAUGCUAAAGAAAUGAAGACUUUUUAAUACAUUGUGAUGCUAAAACUGUUGUAAAUGUUGUAUAUACCAGUGGAUUGUAUAUAAUCGUGUUAAUUGUUUAGCUAAAUAUUAGUCAUGAUUUAUUUACUACUUCUUUUUUUUUUUUUUUGCCAAAAUUAUAUCUGUAGCAUGAUAAAAUGACUCUAAUUUAGAACCUGUUGUCCUCAAAAGCAUAGGGCAGGUGGGAGGGUAGAGAUACAGUAUGUGCCAGUAUGUCACUUUGCUGCAUAUGUAACGUGUAUGUCUUCAUUUAUUAAACCCAGAAUCAACUA